AUGGUGAUGGAUGAAGUGCAGCAAGUGGAGACACUAUGUCAAUGGGAACUAUCUUCAAUACUAAAAAAACUAGAACAAAUUGAGGAUUGGUACUGCAUCUAUAGAGACGACAUACUAGCGAACAAGGUAUUACACAACUUGCCUAGAAUGAAAGAAGCCUUCGAGGAGAUUUUAAAAGAUAUAGAGACCAAUAUCUUCAGAGCAAAUGAUUAUUAUGACUUAUGGGCAUUCGAUGAAUUUCACGAACAGGAACAGGAGGAACAAGGACAAAUGAGAGGAUCCACUAUUGAGGGAGUGCCUUUAAUCCCGUGCCUGGCACGUGGUCCAAUAGUUCAUUUACAUAGCCACCACCACAUUUGGGGUUCUGUCUUACCCUCCCACCGGAACACAGGAAACGCCCCCGAAGCCAACCUUCCCUUGGCUGCCGUUAUGGCUUCACCCUCCCAAGGCGAUCACCAGCAGCUUAUGGUGGAGCGUAAAUCACAUGUGAGAGUUUUGACACUAAAUAGGCCUAAGCAGUUGAAUGCCCUCUCUUUUUAUAUGGUUUCUCGGCUACUUAAAGUUUUUUCGGAGGAUGAGGAAAAUUCUGAUAUUAAAUUGGUUGUCGUGAAGGGAAAUGGAAGGUCUUUUUGUGCUGGUGGUGAUGUUGCAGCUGUUGCUCGUGAAGGAAGUAAAGGUGACUGGAGGUAUGGUGCAAAUUUUUUUCAUACUGAAUAUAAAUUGAAUUACUUGAUGGCAACAUAUAGUAAGCCCCAGGUUUCCAUUCUUAAUGGAAUUGUCAUGGGAGGUGGUGCUGGUGCUUCUGUACAUGGAAGAUUUCGUAUCGUUACAGAGAAUACGGUACUUUUUGGUUGA